AUGUCUGAAAUUAGAUUCAGCAAUCUAACUUGGGAUCAAGUUAUAAAACUGGAUCAAGUGUUAGAUGAAGCAACUCCAAUUCAUGGAAGGGGGAAUUUCCCCACACUGGAGGUAAAACCAAAAGAUAUCAUUCAUGUUGUGAAAGAUCAACUCAUAAAGCAAGGAAUUGUUGUUAAAGAUACCAGAUUGAAUGGUUCCAUAGCAAGUUACAUACUUGCACACCGUAAUGGAAUCAGCUAUAAGGAUCUGGACGUUGUUUUUGAUGUUGAGCUUCCCAGUUGCCAAGAAUUUCAUAUUGUUAAGAAUGCAGUUCUAGGUUGUCUACUGGACUUUUUACCAAAAGAUGUGAAAAAGGAAAAGAUGACCUCAUAUGUCUUGCAAGAGGGUUAUGUACAGAAGUUGGUCAAGGUCUGCAAUGAGCAUGAUCGUUGGAGCCUUAUUUCCCUUUCAAAUAACACUGGGAAGAAUUUAGAACUGAAAUUUGUGAGUUCACUCAAACGCCAAUUUGAAUUUAGUGUAGAUUCCUUUCAAAUUAUUUUGGAUCCCAUGUUAGACUUCUACCGUGACAAAAAUGCCAAGCUAACCAAAGAGUGCUGUCCUGCUGUGAUAGCUGAAAGCAUGUAUGGAGACUUCCAGGAAGCAAUGACACAUUUGCAAUACAAGCUUAUAUCUACCAGAAAACCUGAAGAAAUUAGAGGUGGUGGCCUUUUGAAGUACUGCAACUUGCUGGUUCAUGGCUUCAAACCAGUUUGUAUAUUUGAAAUGAAAAAACUGGAGCGUUACAUGUGCUCUAGAUUCUUUAUUGAUUUUUCUGAUGAAGCAGAACAGAAAAAGAAAAUUGAAUCGUACCUCCACAACCAUUUUAUAGGUGAAGAAAAGAGCAAGUAUGACUACCUUAUGACCUUGCGUGGAGUUGUGGACGAAAGCACUAUUUGCCUCAUGGGUAAUGAAAAAAGACGGGCUCUUAACCUGAUUACCAUUAUGGCUUUAAAAGUACUUGGUGAACAGAAUUUUCUACCUAGUACAGAAAAAGUAACGUGCUUUUAUCAGCCUGUUCCACACUUUGCAGCUGAGGCAGUGUACCCUAAUUAUGUAACAUCUGGGCCACCACCCAUUUUCUUCCAGCCAUACCACCCACCACACUUUCAUGGGUCAAAUGGUAUGCCUUAA